UCUCUUCUUCCUCGCUCAUCAAGGGUUCGAUACCAAACCCUAGUCUUCACGUAUAAAUUUUCUCCGGAAAUAAAAUAGUUUUCAGGUUUUUCCUGUCUCAAGUUCUUGGCUAUAUUGGUUAAGGCGGCGCGUGGUGGCUAUUUGGGUGACGCGUGGGAACCAAACUUUAUCUCUUUUCAUGGUUGUAGUUUGUCCAUCUGGAUCGGGAAACCCGCGCCGGAACCCUGCCGGCUCCCUAAAAUUUAAUGGCGUCGGCCGUGUUAACGAAUCGAAGUGAGUCGAAUUGGCCACCGCAGCCGAAAAGCAGUGUCGGUACAUUCAUGGGCAAAGUUCCCUUAACAGCAACAAAACCAAACCCUAACCCUAACCCUAAAUUCAACAAGAAACGUCAUUUCCAUCAUCAGUUGGCGCAACCGGAUGACUUUGCAGGCCACGUCGUCAAUGGUUCCCCUGCCGUGACGCAAUCCGCUGCUUCUGAUGAUGCAUCAUCGAUUAAUAGGAAACUUAACGACUUCAGCUCUGGCGCUUAUGUCAACUUUCCCAUCAGCUCUUAUUCGAGGAAAGAGUUGAUUGAUCUGAAGAACCGGUUGGUUGCCGAGUUGGAGCAGAUUCGUGAAUUGAAGAAUCGAAUCGAUUCGAAUGAUUUUCACGUGAGAUCCAAUUCCAACAAGAAACCCUUACCCAAAAAAAACAUUUCAGGAAACAAACGGUCUUUGCCCCCAAAUUUCAGCAAAGAAUUGAAGACAUUGAACCCUCAAGAGAACGGAAAAGCAUCUACGGCUCAUUCGAUGAAAAUUUGUUCCCAAAUCUUGAACAAAUUGAUGAAGCAUAAGUAUGGGUACAUCUUCAAUUUGCCGGUGGAUGUUGUUCGGAUGGGGCUUCAUGAUUAUUAUGAUAUAAUCAAGAAGCCGAUGGAUCUGGGUACUGUUAAAUCGAAGAUGGCCAAGAAUUUUUAUGGGUCUCCGUUGGACUUCGCGGCCGAUGUUAGGCUGACUUUUAAUAACGCCAUGUUGUAUAACCCUAAGGGGCAUGAGGUUUAUGUGUUGGCUGAGCAGCUGCUUGCGAGAUUUGAGGAAUUGUUCCGGCCAUUGAGUUUGAAAUUGGAGGAGCAAGAAGAGCCACAAGAAAGGGGUUAUUACGAGGAAGAGUUGCAGGCAAGUUCUUGGGAUCAUGGCGAAGCUGAUAGGUUGAAGAACGAUAGGGAAAGGGAUGGGGAGAUGGUUAUUGAUGGGGAUGAUCCAAUUGACAUUGUGGCAAGAUCUGGAAAAGUUGGUGGGGUUUCGGGCUUUGUUUCAGACUCAAAUGUACCACCAUCUCAGAUGCAGUUUCAGCCACUGGCGAGGGUGGCUUCACCAGUUAGGGCACCGCCAGUGAAGCCACUGAAGCAGCCAAAGCCAAAGGCUAAGGAUCCGAACAAGAGGGAAAUGAGUAUGGAGGAGAAGCAAAAAUUGGGGAUUGGAUUGCAGAGCUUGCCGCAGGAGAAGAUGAAUAAUGUGGUUCAGAUUAUAAGGAAGAGGAAUGGGCAUUUGAGGCAGGAUGGGGAUGAGAUUGAACUUGAUAUAGAGGCAAUGGAUACAGAGACGCUGUGGGAGUUGGAUAGGCUUGUCACUAAUUACAAGAAGAUGGUCAGCAAGAUUAAGCGGCAAGCAUUGAUGGCAAACAAUGUGGCAUCUAAUGACAGCAAUAGGGAAGAAGUAACUGUGGAGAAGAUUGAGGUUGCAAUGGAGACGAAGAAGCCCAAGAAAGGGGAUGCUGGCGAGGAAGAUGUAGAUAUUGGGGGUGAAAUGCCAAUGAGCAGUUUUCCACCUGUAGAGAUUGAGAAGGAUAAUGAUCAUGCUAGUAGCAGUUCUAGCAGCUCCGGCAGUUCAAGCAGUGAUUCAUCGUCUUCAAGCGAUUCGGAUUCUGGGAGUUCUUCAGGAAGUGAUUCUGAUGCUGAUGAUGUGAGGAAUUAAGGCCUUGGAUUGAAGAAUGAAUUAUUUGUUUUUGAAGCUUGUCAGCCGAGAUUUUGGGGCAAUCCAGAGUUGGGUGGGAUAUAGAUGAGGUACAUUUUGCUAACAUUCCUAACAAAUUGAAAGUUAGAUGUGGAUUUCAGUAGUAUUAAAUGCUAAAUGUGUGAACUUUCUUUUUCUUUUUUUGUUGCUGUACAGGGUGGGUUCUUUAAGUGUGUUGUGUGAAUUGUAAUGGUUGCUUUCUUUGGAGGAAAGAAAUAUGACGAAAUUGGAAAUAGGGCCACCUUGGCCAGAAAAAUGAAUGUGGAUUUUAGUGGGUAGGGAAAUGUAGUGAAAAGAGUUAAGAGAUUUGGUAGAAGAUAGGUAGGAGGGGAAGAUCGACGGGGUUGGAAAACACUUUGUAUGCAUCAACCCUAAUACUUGAUUUUCAGUAUCAAUAGAGCAUUUACAAUUUAAUCUUUUGCUUCUUGGUUGUUGGUAGGAUGGGUAUAUAGCAACAGACUCGUAAUGCAAUUUUUUGAGUGCAUAUUAUUCCCUUGGUAAAAAAAAAAUCAUAACUGGAACGGUGGUUGUAGCCUUUUGGAGGAAAAGAAGGGAGAAGAUAACCGUAAAAAGCAACCCUGUACGAAUUUCGAUUUCAUUUGGAAAGGAUUGGAUGAGAGGCGGCAACUGCCUGGCUUUGAUAUUUGAGGGUGGGAACAUGAGAAACACAUAAUGGUGCCGCCUCUAAGCGAAAAGGAAAUUUGCCAUAUGUAUAUGCUCUUUUCCAAUGGAACAAGAUUGCCCGAUAGGCCAAACACUCGUGCGCCAACAAGUUACAAGCUCAAGGUUCGCCCUAUGUAAUUGCGAGGUUCAACUCGUACCAUAACGAGGUCAACCACUAUGUCGCCAUGCCAUUGAGAAGAUGUUCCAUUCCAGUUAUUUCUACGAUGGUAAUUGCUCUGUCGGCAGGGACCAUGCUACUUUCCCAGAUUCUCAGUUGCUUGAAGCCAAUGAUAAUUGACUAUUGGAAAUAGAAAGCUGUUCGAAGUGACAAUUUAGAAGCCCACUUCUGCGCUGUCCUUUUGGCAAACAAAAGUUGCAUUGCCUCUAUCGUUUGUCUUUUUUGUUGUACAUGCAAGUUUCCUCUAUUUUACGUAUAGAGACUUGUUCAAUAAAUGGUUACUAUAUA